AUGGUCAUGGACUCGCUCCCCAGCGCCAUCUCGACACCGGUUUCGUUCUACACCGCCAACGACUCGGACGCGCAGCAUGAGUCGACGACGGCGAGCAGCCCCGUUCAGGACGCAUCCUGCCCGUACCGCGCGACCCGUCAGCUCCCGCGGGAGCUGAAGGAGCACUGCCAGAUUUUCCUCGAGGAACAGCUUUAUAUGUGCGCCAUCAACCUGCUCAGCAGCGUCCUCGGCACGGGCGUUUCGCGAGCACCCGGUGGCCGUUGCAAACCAGCGCUGGCGCCGCCGCCGAGCCACCUCGCCUUGCUCAGCACCCUCAUCGUCCACCCGACGCACACGACACGAGCCGACAAGCCGGAGCAUCUCGACAUCUCUUCCCUUGCCCUCGGGUACCUGCGCAACCUCCUGGCCUUGGCCGGGCCCAUCAACGCCGGCUUCCGGGCCGCGUUCCAGUACGGCUCAACGCCGCGGUGGGCGGGGCGGCGGCAUGCCGACGCCGGACACGGCAGUGACAGCGACAUGUCGGAUGCCGACGACCGCGAUCACGAUAGGUUACGUGGCCGGAUGGCCAACGAGGCGAGCCUGUGGACCCGCGGCCGCGACCUGUGGUCCACGGUGGGCUGGGCGUUCAACACGGCGACGCUGCAUCCCCAUCGUUGGCGGUACUGGCGCCUCUGGCUGGAGUACAUGCUCGACGUCCUCGAGGCCGACUGGAACGAGAGGGAGAGGAUCGACCUCGAAGCCUUUGGCGUUGAGGAUGGGCCCAAGCGCCAGCCUCGGUCGUCGCGGCAGGAAUCCAUGAUAGUCAUGUACAUGGACCAGCAAGAAAACCGACAGGCGGGCUUCAAGCGCAUUCUGAAGGCGCUCUUUGCCGAUGGCGAAUCGCCGUCGUCAUCUUCCUUUCCGGAGGUGUUCGAGAAGGAGCACAGAGGGCUCAAGAAGACGACGCGGAAGCGCAAACGAGAUCUGGUGCUGGACGUGGAGAACGACAAGUUCGGCGACUACUUUGACGACGACUCCAUCUCCUCGGGCGUCUCGGAACCGCCGACGCCGCAGAAGCCGCUGGAUGCUCGGAAGGAGGCCUCGUUCGUGUGCUCGAACCCCGGCCUCGCCGAAUCGGUUACUCUACGGCUGCGAUUCUUCGCCCUGCUCUCCGCUGCCACCUUUGCCCUCCGCAAGCGGUCGGAGCUUAACCAACUGUACGAGAGCUUCGCGGCCGCCUCCAAGGUGCUCCCGCUGCCCUUGUUCUCGCUCUUCGUGAGCCCGAGGGACAACUCGCUGCUUCCCGAAACGCGCGUCACACUCAUCAAGGAGCUGUUCCAUCUACUGCUACCCUCUAGCUUCAAGAGUCCGAGAAAGGUGGACCCGGAAGGGGACGCCGUCGGCAGCCUGACCAUGCCGAUGCUGGAGCACUGCUACAUUGCCUUGCCGGCGAAUACGGUCGGGCUCGAGGACAACGCCAAGUUGUCGCUGCUAGUGGAGAGUGCGAUGCAGCUGCUGUGGUCGUGCGACAUGUUGGAAUACACCGACAGCUUCGCCGAAGCCGCGAGCGAGGGAACGCGGGCGAGGGAGGCCAAGGCGAGGAAGAAGAGGACGGGCAAGAUGCGGGUGGCCGACACGGCCGACAUUAUCGCUCAGGAUAUCCUGACCAACUCUGGCCGGAGAAUCGCCGUCUUUCUGGAGGCACUGAAGGCCACCACGGGUUGA